AAGGCGGUGGCGGAAUAUCGAAGUCGGGGCGGCGCUUACAAAGGACCCUCGGUGCGCUUGAAGGAAAUAACUUUACAGUGGGGCCGCCGUGAAUGACAUCGCGGGGCAAAUUUCACAUCAUCUAGUCCACCCCUCACAGGCACACGACUGCCACCAACACCACCAGAGAUACCCACGCACAAUCGCAAAGAUGGUGCUUGCAAAGUCGAAGAAGGCCGUUGGCCUCGGCAACAGUCUUAUGAACGACAGGUUCGGCAAGGGCAAGGGCGCCGAUAUGCGCCGCGGAAACUUCCAGGGCGGUAUUGAGCGAACGAACCACCAGACCGGCGAGAAGUACAUCACCAACGAGAAGAAGGAGGCGUCAUGGGUGAAGAUGCGCUCCGUCACCGAGCAGGGCGAUCUGGACGAGUUCCUGGAGACGGCUGAGCUUGCCGGCACCGAUUUCACCGCAGAGAAGAUGAAUAACGUCAAGAUUAUCCACAAAGACCAGAAGAACCCGUACCUGUUGUCCGCAAACGAGGAGCGCAAUGUUGUCAAGAGGCAGAAGGAGAACAGGCACAAGUUGACCGUACCAAGACGACCAAAGUGGGAUUCGAAGACAACACCGCAACAGCUGGAUACGCGCGAGAGGGAAGCCAUGCUGCUGUGGAGGCGUGGACUUGCCGAGCUCACCGAGAACAACGACCUGCUUACAACACCGUUCGAGCGCAAUCUCGAAGUCUGGAGGCAAUUGUGGCGUGUGAUCGAGCGAUCCGACUUGGUCGUUCAGAUUGUCGAUGCGCGAAACCCACUCUUGUUCAGAUCCGAGGAUUUGGAAGUCUAUGUCAAGGAGGUCGACGCCAAGAAGAACAACCUGCUGUUGGUCAAUAAGGCAGACAUGAUGACGCUGGAGCAGCGUACAGCCUGGGCUGACUACUUCGAAGAGAACGGUGUCAACUACAAGUUCUUCUCGGCCGAAUUGGCCAAGGAGAUGAACGAGGCAAGGGAUGCCGCAGAAGAGGCAUCUGGGUCGGAGGAAGAGUCAGAGGACGACGAUGAGGUCGAGGACGACGAGGACGAGGUCGAGUCUGAAGAUGACGAUCUCGCAAAAGAGGCAAAGAAGAUUGAUCUGCAAGACAAGAAGGAGGAGGAGGCGAAGUGGGUCGACGAGGAGACAGUCGAUACACCUGGUGAUGGCAUUCAGCUGGCAGACGGCGACGAGCGAACCAGGAUAUUGACCACCGACGAGCUUGAGGCCCUCUUCCUGGCACAUGCCCCCGAGAUCGACACCGGACCUGACGGCCAGCCUCGCAAGACCUCCAUCGGUCUGGUUGGUUACCCCAACGUCGGUAAAUCGUCCACCAUCAACGCCCUCAUCGGCGCGAAGAAGGUGUCAGUCUCGGCCACACCCGGAAAGACGAAGCAUUUCCAGACUAUUCAUCUCAGCGAGAAGGUCGUUCUCUGCGAUUGCCCUGGUCUCGUGUUCCCUAGUUUCGCGGCCACCAAGGCUGAGCUCGUCUGUGCUGGUGUCCUUCCCAUCGAUCAGCUGCGAGAGUACACUGGACCUGGAGGUCUUGUCGCACAGCGCAUCCCGCAGCCUUUCCUCGAGGCUAUCUACGGUAUGAAGAUGGAGGUCCGCCCGCGUGAAGAAGGUGGCACUGGCAUUCCCACAUCUGAAGAGGUCCUCCGUGCGUAUGCCAUCGCGCGUGGCUUCCAGACACAGGGUCUUGGUCAGCCAGACGAAUCGCGAGCCGCCCGCUACAUUUUGAAGGACUACGUAAAGGGAAAGCUCCUCUUCUGUCACCCACCUCCCACAGACCCGCCGACAGACCCCAAGCACUUCAAUCGCGAGCUCUACGACGCUGCACACUUGCCCGAGAAGCGCCGUGCACGCCUUGCGCGCAUGACAGAAGCUGCCGAAGCCGAUUCGCUGAUGGACGAUGAUGAGAUUAACAUGGCUCCCAAGACAGGCCAGAAGUCGCAGCGCAUGGACAAGAAAUUCUUCGGUCCUGGCCAGGGUAUGACUCACGUCAACAAGCCCUUCAACUACCAGUACAGUGAGCAGGGCAAGGAGUUGAGCGGCAGAAAGCUUAAGACGAUGAACGCACUCAACAUGGACGUCGACCCGGCGGAUCUGAGACUCAACAGCAAGAAGCACUUCAAAGCGAACAAGAGGAGGGCGAAGAAGGUGCGGGCGGAGUAUGAGUAGGCUCGUCGUGUUGAUUCCUGUCUUGUUACCCUCUCACAGGCUGUCACAUUGAGACGCCUUCUUUCUUGUUACGAAUGCAUGGUUGGUGUUGCGGUCUGCUUUGCCGUAGCUACAUCUGGCUACAUACAAAAUCCACAUUUCUUCCUAUGUCUUCGUAUUGCAUGGCUAGUCUUUCAAAAUUUUACGCUCUUGCCGCUUUUCCGUCCACGAUUGCUGGUAAGCUAUUGCCGACAAGCAUUCGCUUACACGGAAAAAGCCAGAUACAGCAACCAUAGGCGAACGUAACGUCGUCGCCAAGAAUCGCGACUGCAAAUCUUUGCAUCUGAUAAGAUUACCAACAGCUGAUCGGACC